AUGUCCAGCCUUGACGUCAAGACCUCUCUGGACGGCCUCGCUGUACUCGCUCGGCAGGGCUCGUGGAGGGCCAUAGUGGACAAGGUCGUGGAGGGGUACAAGCUCGCGGGGCUGGCACAGCAGCUGGCGUUACGCGGUUACCACGUGCUGGCACUGAUGAAGCUGCGCAUGUAUGGGGCAGCAGCAGAGGAGCUCAUGCUGCUGGGGAACCUCGACUCCCCGCAGUACCGCUACGAGGCACACCCCGGCAUGUACCCUGGGAGGAAAGGUGAGCACCCGGAUGUUACAUGGUUACCAUGUCCUGGUGCUGCUGGCGCUGAUGAAGCUGCACACCCUGGCAUGUACCUAUGUGGGAGGAAAGGGGGGUGA